GAAAAUCCUAACCUAAAAUCCAAAACUUGCACAAGGGUUUGUUUGUUUUGCCGAAUUUUGAUUUUUAAAUGAAAUUUUGAAGAAUAUUUUGUUGUUAAAGUGGAUAACCUAAUUUGUGAAUAAGUGGAAGUGAAAAUGGAUCGAAAAAGUAUUGGGAGUCUUAUCGGAAAGAGUUUCAGUAACUCGCCGCGAAAACGAGUUUCGAUUGUGCAAUCUUUAAAGAGAAAUAGCACAACAUUGAGCGUAUCAGGACGUUCUAAUCAAUCGACACAAGUAAUUUGCCGCACAGCAAGUCACAUAGUCGAAAAUUUUGGUUCAUCCCUGCCGGUCUUGGUAACCGAGGCACUGACAUUUGUUGAACGAAGUACGGCAGUCAGUGUUGGAGUUUCCGUAGACGGAUGGGUCUGGCUAGUUUGCGGCCGACGUUUACUAGUUUGGCAAUGCAAAACCACCAUCCACGACAUCAAACAAAGACGUACAUUCAAGAGCCAGUGUCGCGAGCUUCUUCUGCCUCAGAGUGAUCUGGCCCACAAAGCAGAAUGCAUUGCUGUUUGGCUCCCAAUCGGGCACCAGGUGCCCAGUUGCAUGGCAGUUUCUCCAGAAGGAGUCGUCCGAUAUUGGGCAAGUGUUGCCCAUGAGGGCUCCUCCGUGGAAACGAGCGCUGAACUCGCAGGACAGGAAGUCGACUGUCUGACUUAUGUGCCUGGUCAUGGCUGUAUUCUUGCGACUACAACUUGUACAGUUGCUCUUCUGCAAUCCCAAUUCUCGAAUGGAAGAAACACCAUUUCUUGUCGAGUUCUUCGCACAAGUCAAGGAUGGCUGGGUGGAAUUGGUAGGAGAAUGUCUUCACUGAUUUUCGGGGCGAUUCCACAAUCUCCAGUUGCAGAAACGAAAUUGGUGAAAGUAGUUUGCAACAGUCUCAGCGAAAAAGGAUCGAGAGUUUUGAUCCUCGCAGGAUCAUCUUUACAGUAUUGGUCAUUUCCUCAAGGAGAAUCGGAAAAAAUGGAAGUUGAGGAGGACAUUAGUCAGAUCGUUUCGCAAGCUUUCCAGAGAAGAAUUUGGGAAUCUAGUGCGUGCAAUCCUCAGAAUGUAGACACAUGGUUAAUUGAUAUGCAGCCUUAUGAAGAGGGAAUUGUUUUGUUGAUGGCGGCCCACAGUCCCGAGGUUUCUCCGACGAUACAUUUUGCGAUUGGAUUCAUACCACUUAGUGGAACUAAAAUAGGAAACGCCUUCAAAUGGUUUAUGCCAAUUAAACUUGGCCAUUUGAUGUACCACGAAGAUACAGAAGCUGUGGUUUUAUCCUAUCGAUUCAUUCUCUCCGGAUGGGAAGCAAUCAUUUAUAAUCAUCACAAUGUUCUCAUAAUUAACACACUUGUUGAACAUGAACAGGACAAAGUCGAUAUUGUGAGAGGAGGAGAAGACAGUAUUCUAGGGGGUGCUUUAUGUUCAGGAACUCCAGUCUUAUUCACCAGAAAUCUCGGACUUGUUUCGAUCAUUCCGAAUGAUUUUACGACUCAGGACUUUAAUGCAAGUUAUUCCGAUGUUAGCGCGAGUGUGGAUUAUAGUUGUAACACGAGUCUUGCUGGUGAGAAUUUUUAUACCGCUACAAGCAACGAGGAAUUGCAGGAAAUGUUUUGUAGAUCGGAUCCGGCUGCUCAACUCCGAGCCGCUUUUCUUCUUCGUUUGCGUCAAAAUAAGGCGCAGUGCGAAGAAAUUCUCUCCCAACUUUUCCCGAUGCAAGAAGAACCCGUUAUGGACAUUGAUGCGAAUCUUGAUACACUAAUUUUAAAAGUCGCGAAGGAUUUAAUCGACGAUUAUCCGGCUAAUGAUCCCCGGUGGACCAAUCAUAAAGAUUUGUCCAUAACGUUAAACUCAGUUACUUCCAUGCACAUUCCGCAUCAGUUGGAAGCGAAGCAGAAGGCCCUAGACCUCUUCAUAUCUUUUUUGAAGGAAUAUGGCUUGUGGGAUAGAUUUUGCGCUGUUUCUUAUAGAGGAAUAAUUAUGUCGACUUCGUACGUUUUGGCUGAGUAUGCGGAAAAAAUCGUAGCUUCUUUGUCAAUUUACAAUCUUCAACAGAGGUAUGUGGAUCUUGUAGACUCGAUAAUAGAAAAAAGUUUGAAACCUGAGGCCUACGUUUCUGAGGAACUUAGCCCACACGAUAUUUUCUAUCGAGAAGUGAGCACAGUUCACAGAUUUUUGCCGAAUUUGGUCAAUAAUGCAGUCGAAGUGACUCAGUCAGAAAGACCUGCCCAACAAAUUGCUCAGUUUCUGAUGCAAGUUAAUACAAUUCUCUUGAGUAUUUUACACGAAGUUGUGAAAUUUAGACAAUAUAACGCAGAGAGAUUCGCGCCUUCAAGAUGUUCGAGUGGAAUUGCGGAAUAUCUUCCUUGGACGGCAGCUACUGGAAAACACGGUUUAAGAACUUGUCUUAACACAAUGCAAUCUUUAACUCUAAAACACGGAGUUGUUGGAACAAACGACACAUCUGUGCGAAACGAGCUUUACGAGCAAUUAGUUAGCCUGAUAGAUUUAAUACUCGAUGGAAGAAAGUGCCAUUUGGAAAGUAUUCGGGGAACAGAGAAGUUUGAAAUUCUCCUGAAACAGUACGAAUCAGAACGGACGAAUCUGAUUCAGCCACUUGUCAAGGAAGAACAGUACGAAAACGCAGCGAUGCUUGCAGAAAAAUACUGCGACUUUGCAUCCCUAGUUCAAAUUUGCGAACUCACAAAUAACAAAAAUCGCCUCGAUAGUUACAUGGAGAGAUUCGCCUCUCAAGAUUUUGUAGGCUUCCUCUUUUCUUGGUACGUGAAAGACGGACGUCAAGGACAAUUGAUAGAACGGUGCAGACGUGGUGGAGCUUCAGAGUUAACGGAAAGAUUAUCGGAACAUCCGGCAAUUUCUUGGGUUCAAACUGCCUUGACGGACGAAUUACGUCUCGCUGCCAAUACUCUGCAUUCGUUAGCGGUUCAAGAAAAUGAUCUUGUGACGAGAAAAAAGACGAUGUUAUCACUGGCAAAACUUGCUCUUUUGGCGUCAGACGAACCAGAGGAAGAAGUAAGAGACUGUAUCAAACGAAUAGACAAUGAAUUGGCUCUGAUCGCUCACCAAGAAGAUGUUCCAGCCCAGGUGCUUGCCACUUACGGAUACGACAUAGAAAAACUGAGGGUACUAACACCAACUGAACUUAUUAUCUUGUACACGUGUGAAGAGAAUACAAUUGCCAACGAAUACGACUUCAAAAAGGCUCUUGAUUUGUUGGAUUUUGUGGAACAAGAAGACGAAAGAUCAUCUUUGAAAUUGAGAAUUUGGGCACGAGUUGCUCGAAGAGAUAAGUGGAAUACUGUAACUAAAAAUCCAGAGCAGCAGGUUCAGGAAACGACCUUCUUCAAGCUUAUGGACCUCAACCACUUUAUGGGAAACAAAGUCGAGGACUUCCUCCCAUCAGUCGACUUACUUCUCGCAGAACAAGAACUGGGGGAUCUCGCCGCUUCUAGUAAUUUCCAGUAUCUUAUUAAGUUAGUUUACGAAUACGCUUAUCAUAAUUAUUAAAUAUUAAUUAAUUAUUUAAAACAAAAACGGUUUUUUAUGGA